CUCGAAUAUUUUUUAGGGUUUAUUCUGAUCGAUAACUCGCUUCCCUCAUUCCCAUUCCAUUUUUUUUCUUACAUUGCCCGAUUCGAAGAUGGAAUCAAAUGCAGAUCCUGAGAACCAAUUUAUGAUGGAACCAGUUUUGCAGAUUGACCCUAAAAGAGCCCGGUUUCCGUGCUGCAUUGUAUGGACUCCCCUUCCUGUUAUUUCAUGGCUGAUUCCUUUUAUUGGUCACAUUGGCAUAUGCAGAGAGGAUGGUGUGAUUUUGGACUUUGCUGGUCCAAAUUUUGUGUCUGUGGAUAACUUUGCUUUUGGAGCAGUCGCUCGCUACCUCCCAAUUAGUAAAGAAAAGCAGUGUCAUGCAUUUUCUCAUCCUAUGUUUGAGGAUCAACAGCAUGAUGAACCUGAAAGUGAGAUAUUGACAUGGGAUGAGGCAAUUCGGAAGAGCACGCAGGAAUUCCAGCACCGCUCAUACAGCCUUUUCACUUGCAAUUGCCAUUCAUUUGUGGCCAAUAGUCUAAAUAGGUUACGGUUCUCAACUGGUGGGUGGAAUGUGGUCAACCUGGCUGCUCUAAUCUUUCUAAAGGGUAAAUGGGUCAGCAAAGCUUCCAUGGUGAAGUCUUUCUUACCAUUUCUUGUAGUUGUCGGUCUUGGAGUUGCUUUUGGAGGCUCCACAUUUCUAAUGUUCUUGGCCUUCUUUACCUUUUUCCUUGUUGGUUGGUUUGUCUUUGGUACAUACUUUUUCAAGAAUUUAAUUCAAUUGUAACUUCUGCUAUUACAUGUUUAUACUCCAUCAAAUAAGAAGAUUGUAAAGUUUUGACAAGGUCCCUUGACAGUGCCCUUGACCACGGUUCUUAAAAUGGGGAAGAAGAAGAAGGACACCAUGUAAUCAAAGGUUAAGCUAUGGUCUCAUGAUCCUCUAUUUUCUAUCAAUGGUGUAUGGGACUUUAGUUUCCAACAUUGUAGGGAAUGAGUGUUUUUGAGUGUAUUGUUAUUCAUUCAUUUUUGGAAAAUUUGUCAGUACAAUGUGGUACUUUUUCGACACAAGUAUACAUCAUUUCUCAUUUUAAGGGCA